GUGGAAUCGGAGAUGACAAACCGCCGCCAGAGCUGCUGUUGCUAGCCUUGGCACCGAAUCAGAGGGCGUCCCGUACCCACACCGGACCGGACAAAACGACCAGCCCAACGAAUAAUAAAUAAAUAAAAUGCCACGAAUAUAAAUGAGGACUUCCCAGCAGCAAGGAGCGGAUUGACUGUUGCUCCCGGCGGAGACAGAUUUGACCACGUCACUGUGACUUCAGACUUUUGGAACAAGGUGUUACAGGAGGCUAACUUGAACAUACAAAAUCUGUUGCUACAGCGCCUUUGGCACCAAGAGGAAUAUUUAGCGCCAUCAUGAACACCCACAAGUCAGACGUGCACACCAUCUCCCCGGAGCUGCCGGCCAUGUUUGACGGCAUGAAGCUGGCGGCGGUGGCCACGGUGCUCUACAUCAUCGUCCGCUGCCUGAACCUCAAGAGCCCCACCGCGCCCCCGGACCUUACCUACCAGGACACGGCCCUCAACCGAUUCCUUCUCAAGUCCUGUCCUCAGUUGACCAAAGAGUACAUUCCUCCCUUACUGUGGGGAAAGAGCGGCCACCUCCAGACAGCACUGUACGGUAAACUUGGCCGCGUGUACUCCCCCCACCCCAGUGGAAUCAGGAAGUACUUACCCAUGCAGGAUGGGGCCACUGCGACCUUUGACCUCUUUGAGCCACAGGGGGACCACCGAACAGGAGGUGACAUCACCAUGGUGAUAUGCCCUGGUAUUGGUAACCACAGUGAGAAGCAUUACAUCCGGACCUUUGUGGAUCACGCCCAGAAGGACGGUUACCGCUGUGCUGUCCUGAACCACCUGGGAGCUCUUCCCAACAUUGAGCUUACCUCUCCACGAAUGUUCACUUAUGGGUGCACAUGGGAGUUUGCAUCCAUGGUUGGUUACAUCAAGCGGACGUAUCCUCAGACCCAGCUGAUUGCGGUCGGCUUCAGUCUGGGUGGGAACAUUGUAUGCAAGUUUCUGGGCGAGAACAGGAUGAACCAGGAGCGAGUGCUGUGUUGCGUCAGCGUCUGUCAGGGGUACAGCGCUCUCAGGGCCCAGGAAACAUUCCUGCAGUGGGAUCAGUUCAGACGCUUCUAUAACUUUCUCAUGGCUGACAACAUGAAGAAAAUCAUCCUCUCACACAGACACAGUCUGUUUGGAGGAAGUUCCGUUAAAGUGAUCGAUGCAGACCUUAGUCGACUGUACACAGCGACUUCCCUCAUGCAGAUCGACGACAACGUCAUGAGGAAAUUCCAUGGCCACAGCUCUCUCAAAGAGUACUAUGAGAAGGAGAGUUGUGUUCAUUAUAUUCACAAUGUGAAUGUGCCACUGCUGCUCGUGAACUCUGCAGAUGAUCCUCUGGUUCAUGGCUCACUGCUGACCAUCCCUCGCACAUUAGCAGCAAAGAAGUCGAAUGUGAUCUUUGCCCUGACGCUGCACGGAGGCCACCUGGGCUUCUUCGAGGGCGCGGUGCUCUUCCCCCAGCCCCUCACCUGGAUGGACAAAGUGAUUGUGGGCUACGCCAAUGCCCUGUGCCAGUGGGAGAAACAGAAACCGCCGUGCCAAAGUGGCCACCUGAGUGAGAACUCCUGCACGGAGGGAAAAGCCUAAACCUCUGACCUCUGUCUGUCUCUCUCUCUGUCUCUCCUCCCUCUCACCCUAUCCAACACCACUGUCCCAGCACUGAGGAGACACCUGAACUAAAACUGCUCUCUCUUCUCUGCCUUCUCCUCUGGUGCUACUCUCUGCUACUGACCCACAUGUUUCAAGCCUUCACCACAGUUCCCAUUUGUAAUCACCGUCACCUUACAUUAUGUCAAGGAACAAAAAACGACUAACUGCCUUUGUGCUCGUUUCCGUUUGCGAGAACUUUGACGUUUUGUUUCUUUACAUGUACACGGCAAUGAUCCCUGGCCGAUGGAGGCAUUGACCAAAUAUGACGAAAGGUAAACUCAAGCUGGCAUCAGAGGGAAAAGGAGAAUUCCUCUUUAGGUAGUCCAGUGAAAAAUAAGAGCACACGAGAAGCCUCCUUUUUAACGUAAAUAUAAGCUGUGGUGUAGAAGGUGUCCGUCUAUUGCACCUUUAAGGAGCUCCCUGCUUAUCACCGGCAAGGCCAUGUAGCCUAGUCUGCUGUCUUAACCAACACAGCGUCUUUGUAGUAUGUUUGUACCUCACAGAUGUAGUUCACAUGUCUGUGUGCGCCCAUGUAGACGGAGAGUUGGAGGCUCGUGACAGAGCAUGUGAUCCUUGUGUUUGGUUGGUGUGAUCCAAAUUCUCUGUUCACGGUCUGUUGGCCCUCGUAAUGUCUACUCCUCUGGGUGGACUGUCGCUCUGUGGUUUGUAGAAAAUGUUCAGUAGAAAACAUCGUAAUUGUUAUGGUUUGAUUUUACACUUUACUUCCAGUUCAUAACAUCCUUCUGGCACUUGAGAAUGUUCGGUGUCCUACCAGACAUGACCAGGGAUCAACCCCACACGGGAUUCAUACACAUUCCCUUGGUCGCAUUCUAUCACUUUGAUUCAGUGCACUUUAAACCCUGUAUGCCACAAGCUUUUCUUUUUUCUAUUUUUUAACUCACACAUCGUCUCGUAGGGUUGAGAAAAAGAACUGGAGGGAGCAACGAUGAUGACGAGAAGUUAGAUGACUCAAGUGUUCCCCGUGUUUUCUGUCGUCAGUGUCUUUGAGCCCUCCUACUCUUUGGUUUGCCUUUGAUCAGCUGCAGGUCCUGUCAAAACUCUGAUAUCUUUCUCUGACUGCGUAGACACGAACACAGACUCUCCAACCUGAACACGCCUAAUUUAACAGAAAUAUUUGAAUAGAACUUUGCAGCAGAUUUUUGAACUCUUUAACCUUCAGUCUACUGUUUGGUCCGUGUGGUUCUAUUGAAGGGAAAAUUCAGCAGUGUGAAGCAGACUUUUAGAUUAUUUAUUUUUUUAAAUAAUCUGAGCUGUGAGGUGUGAUGAGUAGGAGGACUGAGGAUACAAACGCUGAACCAAAUGUUUAUUUUAGUGGGUCGUUUGUAACAUACUGGUGAUUGUUAUAUUGUAUAAAUAGAUGGAGGACACUGCAUGCAAGAAAGAAUAGACAAGAGUUUAAUGCAAGGGAAUAUUUUUAGUUUCAAAGACCACAUUGAAAAGCAUUUUCUGUUUUUAUAACUGGGCCUAGUGUUGAAGCUGUUGCUGCAAUUAACAACCUAAAACUAGUCGCAAUCCAGUUUUGAUCACAACGUACUGGGAACUGUGGACUUUUAAAAACCUGAAUCUGACUGAGAGUCUGGUGCAAACCUUGUUUUAAGGGAUUAUUCUUCCAUGGCAAAGUCCAGCCAAGUAAAUCUGUCGUCUAAAACCUGCUACUGAACACUGUGAUGAGACAGAUGGGCGACAAGGGGAUUGACAACAGUGCAUCUCGUGAGCCGUUUAAGGCCAAGGAUUGUGUUUUUUUUAAGACCUGGCAAGUAGAAGCGUUUAUUCCAAUUGCCCAAAUUUGGCACAGUGAGGCAAUUCAUAAAUGGGACACACACACACUGUCCAUCAUUGAGAUGUGCAUACAGAACAGUCUUUCAGUUUUUGUUUACACUCAAAUACGUUGCCUCUGAUUCUGCAAACACAACACGAAUAAAGUCUUUGUCUUUGCACUUUGCAACAUUAUGGCUGAAGAAUAAUUAUCCAGAUUCAUUCUGGGAGAGAGUGGAUUGAGUUGAGAUUAUUUCUGCCAAAGAAAAGCACUGUAAUAGUGAAUAUGAUCACUACUUAAAUCAAGUUUUUUUUUUUCUUUGGCAUAAUUUGUUGGUUUAUCGAGAACUGUUUUGUUUAGAUGUCACGGCUUGAACUUCCACGACCGUGACAGAGAUUAUUCUGUGACUUUAUAAUGAAAUCCCCUCAGGGGGGAUUCACCGAUCUGAGCCACCAGCCACUUUCUUUUCCUCUAAUGACUUUUCAUCCUGCAUCGCUCAGACCACAGAUCACUGUUGCCAUCUGUUGUCAGGGAAAGCGAACUACAACUGCCAGUCAUUAAAAAGGCAAACGUCCUCUCAUUCGGGGUGAAUGUGACAUUAAAACAUUGAGGUAAUUCAGUUCACGGUUCACUCUGUCCACAGCUCUCAUCUCGACGGCAUCAAAAAAAAUGUCUGGUUUAGAUUUAUUCUGCUUUAUAGAAAAAUCUGAUGCCGAUUGACGACACCAGCGCAAACCCAGUUUUCUGCAGUGGAAGCCAUUUUAUGUUCGUUGAAGAUGUCUGUCCCCCCGCCCCCACAUUUUCCACAAAGAAGCAGGUUAAGAUGUUUUAUUUGGAUGUAUUUUUUUUCUAGUUGAUUCUUUUGUGUAUUUUUUUUUGUAUUUUGUAUUGUUGUUUAUGACGUUUUGUCUUGUGCAAAUGCAUCAGAGUGUGAGUGCUGAUGAGUAAACAAGUGUGUACUGUGUCAUAUCACCACCUCUGAUUGACAAUAACCAAAACUUCUUCACUUUAAAAACAAACUAAAAAAGCUAAAGAAAUGUAUAAAUAGAGAGUAUAUUGAAAUAUUUGAGGGACAAGGGAGGAAAAUUAAAGGCAAUAACCAACCAGGACAAAUUUCUGUUUUCAUUUAAUGCUAAUGUGGCAGGAAAUGGUGUCAAAGUCAAUUAGACCAAAACAUGUCACGUUCAAUUGCCUCACGUGUGUGGGAUCUGACAUGAGUUUUACUCUGUUGAUAUGAUCAUGUGCUCCUCUGUAUUUUUUCCUAACCGCAGUGUUUCAGACAUCUUUCUUUUCAACAUUGUGGGCUCGGCUCCAAUUGCUUGGAAACUGAGAGAGUUAAAUAUAAACCUAAGUGACUUAAAUGUCAAUGAAUCCAUGCACUACGGCCGCUCAGUGUUGUUCUUUUGAAUUAAUUUCUCAAGUUUAAAUCUGAUCAGCCUAAGCAGGCGGAUGAGAGCCCACAGUGUCGACCUACAGUAAUAAUCAUUAUGCAGCUUUAAUUUAGGUGUUUACACACAUUUUGAUGCUGAAACUAGACGGAGCACAUAGUCACACAACAUGACUCAAUGGUGUGUGUCCGUGUGUGUGUGUGUGUGUGUGUGUGUGAUCCAUUUAUGAGAGAAAAUAUGGUUGUUGUGUUCCAAAAUAAAUUAUUUUCUCAAAUGAAAAA